UCUUUAACAUACUAUAAAGAAUCGCUCAAAAAUGAUAAAAAGGAAAUAUUACUUCCUAAAGAGAUGACCAAAAAACUUUAUGAUAAUAUUAUUGCAAUUGGCCAUAAUGAAUAUUUUGAAAAUGAAUCACUUGAAAUUGAUUUUGAAUGUGAUAUUACAUUAGAUGAUAUUAGAGAUAUAGAUGAUAGUCCUCAAAAAAUUUCAAGAAAAAUUGCUGAUUUAAUUGAAGAAUGCAAUUUUCAAGUUAUUAUGUUUAAUAAUGAUAAUGGAGUAAAACUUUUAGACUUUAUUACUCCAUUUUUUGAAAAACUUAAAAAAAAUAAGGAAAUAUUCAUAGAUGCAACUUAUAAGACAAAUGUAUUAGGAUAUGAGCUUUACUCUAUAAUUGGUCAAUACGAUGAUGCAGGUUUUGCAAUGGCAUACUUAUUUGUUGAAGGGAAUAAGCAAGAUGCAUUUUUUCAUAGUGUUCAACGACAAAAUAUUUAUCCAUUUAUAUACUUACCAGGCCAACAAACUUUUGUACAACCGUUAGUUGAUAUAACAUUAGCACGAAAUAAUAUGUCACAUAAUUCAUUAUUAGACAUAUUGAAAGAUAUUACUAUACAUACAAGCGAUAAUUCAAAUCAACUUUUUAAAAAUUAUGAAACAAUGUUGUAUGAUGCAUUAACAAUAGUGCAAGAACAGCAUGAAAUUAAUAAUGUUAAAUGGGCAAAAUCUGUUGAAAAAAGCUUCGAAGGUCUUAACAAGUUAGUAAUGGAUAUUAAAGCUUAUAAAAGAAGAACAACGAAUCCAAGAACAUAG